AUGGCAAUGGGGCAUGGGUGCACUAUUGGAGCAAAUCUUCUUCCACUUCUGACUGCUCUCAUGAUCAUUUUAUUCCAUCUUUCCCUUCUCCCUCACUGGUUUGAUCCAGAUGAUCCCCUGAAGACUACUGAUCAGACCAGGCGUCUUGGAUUAAUUGAAACCUGCAGUAGUGGAGACUACAUGUUUAAAUUGCUGCAAUCACCUUUGCUUCCAUGGGGAAUUUUCGGCGCCAUGGCGCUUGCUAUGGCCAUGGCGUUGUGGCGGCGUAGCGACGCCAUGGCUGUAAGCAAGUUCUGUCUGGGGUUUGCUGAUGAGCCAUGGGCCUCGGCUAGCCCAAGGGCUUUGAACGAGAUGGGCUAG